AUGAGACUGAACCCAACGAAAUGCGCCUUCGGUGUAUCUUCAGGAAAGUUUCUCGGGUUCAUGAUCAGUCAGAGAGGGAUCGAGGAGAAUCCCGAAAAAAUCAAGGCCAUAAUUGACAUGGGGAGGCCAAAGACACAAAAAGACAUUCAGAGCCUUACCGGACGUGUCGCCGCCUUAACACGCUUCAUUUUCAAGGCUACUGACAAGUGCGUACCGUUCUUUAAAGCCUUGAAAGAGGGAAAACAACAUAUCACAUGGACUGCCGAAUGCGACAAGGCAUUUCAAGACUUAAAGAACUACAUGAACAAAGCACCGUUGUUGUCAAAGCUACUUCCAAGGGAAGUUCUAUUUCUUUAUCUCUCAGUAUCUAGCACUACCGUCAGCUCAGUGUUGAUACGUAGGCUGGAGAAAGCAGAGCUACGAAUCUUCUACGUCAGUAAGGCAUUGCAGAAUGCGGAGAUUCGGCUCCACCCAUACUUCCAAGCGCACGAAACCACAAUCUUAACCAACCAACCACUUUGGCAGGUACUCCAGAAGCCGGAAGCAUCCAGCCGAUUGAUCAAAUGGGCAAUUGAGUUAGGAGAGUUCGAUAUACAGUUCAGGCCAAGACCUGCGGAGAAAGGACAGGCCGUCGCUGACUUCAUCUCCGAGCUUACACCUUCGGUAGCACUGGAGCUAGCCAGUUCAAAUAUUGACGCUAGGGAACCAGGCAGAACCUCCAACAAUGAGGCGGAGUAUGAAGCCUUUUUGGUCGGCCUUCGGUUAGCCAAGAGCAUGAGCGCAAAACAAAUCAGCAUUCACAGUGACUCUCAUCUCAUAGUGAAUCAGAUAACGGCAGACUUUGCAGCCAGGGAUGCCUCAAUGUCAGCCUACUUAUCAACUACACACCAACUCCUUAAAGAAUUUCAGGCCUACGAGAUUCGACAGAUCCCAAGGAUGAAAAACAGUUAUGCCGAUGCGCUGGCACAACUAGCUAUGGCCAUUAAUGACAAGGUUGGUAGAAAGGUGCUUGUGGAGAUCCUAUCCCAAGCAAGCAUGGCAACUUCUGAAGUAUGUACCGUACUGUAUAAGAACACGUGGAUGUCUCCAGUUUACAUUUACUUAACGAACGGCACCCUGCCCCACGACAAGUCUCAGGCACGGAAGCUGCGAUACCGAUCGGCAAGAUAUGUAGUCAUCAAUGAUAUCAUCUACAGGCGCGGCUACACUACUCCGUAUCUGAAAUGCAUCACUGCUGAACAAGGGGACUACGUCCUUCGGGAGAUCCAUGGCGGUGUAUGUGGUGACCAUUUGGGGUCCCGGUCGCUGGCACAUAAGGCUUUUCGGCAAGGAUAUUAUUGGUCGACUAUGCGCUAG